AUGAGGAAUCAAGUGGCUACGGUUUAUACCGAUCUGUUUCUCUGGGGAUGUCUUGUCUAUCAGCUCAUGACGGAGUCCUGGCCUGGCCAUGAAAAGGACAGACAGGAUGCAGAGCUGCGGCAUAUGGUGGUGGAGCACCAAUGGCCAGUCCUCGAAAGGGAAUAUCUAGGCGAUAUUAUACGAAAGUGCUGGGAAUACGGCUACGCGGAUGCCGAAGAGUUGAAGAUGGACCUGGAUGGCUUUUUGGCAAACAAUGGCUGGGAAGUUGAUGGUGAUGAGCUACGUGGGUUCGGGGCUACUGAGCUCUUUGAGGAGGGAUCGAUUCCUGUACGGUAG